GGCCCCCUCUUUUUCGACGCGUUCGGACUGAGGAUUGUUCCAUUUUCCCUUAGUGACAUCACCUCAGGGUUCCAGGGGUUCCAAAGACAGCAUCACAAGUUUGUUGCAACCUUCCAGAUCCAGACACUUUUGCAUUCGAUAGCACACGCUGUGCUACGACGAGCGAACCUGUGGCGACAACGCGGCCGACCCGCCGAUGCGUUACAACGGGGAGUGUGACAAGGACGGGUGCGAUUUCCAAACGAACCGGCUGGAAAACCCGACCGCCCCAGCGGAACCGAGCUACUACGGACCCGGAAAGAAAGUGGACACCACCCAGCCACUCACCGUCCACACUCAGUUCAUCACCAGCGACAACACGCCCAACGGCGACCUGGUGGAAAUCCGGCGGUACUACGAACAGCCGCCGAACUCCGGCACUUUCAUCGACAACAUGGUCUGGCAGGACGACUCGGGCUGCCACCACAAAUCGCUCACGGAUUCUUUCUGCCACAAGUUCGUCGAUGCCGUUGGCGAGAAACACGAACACGAACAGGGCGGGUUCAUUGCGAAGGGGAACAUGAAGGGCAUGGGCGAAGCGAUGAAGUUGGGCAUGGUGCUGGUGCUGUCCCUCUGGAACGACUGGGAGGUCCAGAUGGAUUGGCUGAACUCCAAUCCGUUCCCGAACAAGAUGGGCGCGGACGGCAAACCCCACUUUGGCACCUUCCGGGGGCCGUGCGAACCGAACAAGUACGACCGCGAUUUCACGGAAGCGGCCGGCUUUCGCGAAAACCGCAAAACCAGCUUCAGCGACAUCAAGGUGACGGGCAUUGGGUCCGGGGGCGUGCCAAACAAGUACGCCGAUGGCAGUACAUGGAAGGCGGAAUGCAAGGCGGCGCGGUGAACAGGAGGAGACUCGUUUUUGCGGCGGCUAUGAUGAACAGGGAGUCAGUGGCAUGAAAAUGCUAAUCCUGAUGUUGGUGGAGAAGAGCACUCGAAUAUUUUUGUUCAGUGUUUUUCGUUUUUCUUUUUGCUAGUAGCAUAUCUUUCAAAUUUAUCAACUACUUUUGGCCUAUUGUGGCGUGCCGUGUCUUCUGCAUCAUGUUCACGUCGACUCUACUAUGUCUGUAAAACAACGUAUCACGAGCGUACUUAUUCAGAAGGUUAAGGUUUCAUUUUAUGUCUGCAUCAUCAUGAAGAUGUUGCCAUGUACGAUUCAUUUUGAUUUCUCUAAUUCUCCUUCUGUAUCAAGACUGUGAACGACGACAAAUAUUAUCAGACAGCAUACAACACGUGAUGCUGUGCUGGGACCUGAUGCUGAGUGGUCGAAUUUUUGUGAUUCAUGAGAGGACUUGCCUGAGUCUGUGUCCGGUAAGCCUGGUGUCGCAGUAGCGGCACGAAGAUGAAGUUGUGAUUACUCAGUGACCACCACGACCUCGACCAUACCACAAUUUACAAUUUUCAAAAAUCGCUCCAACAAACAUCAGCAGUCGUAUCGAGUUAAUUUCAUCGUGGAACGAAAU